AUUUUUUUUAAAUUGCUAUAAGAAAUUUUGCUAUGUUAGUAGCAUUGAAUUAAUAUCUUUUCGCAGCAGAGUAGCCACCCCUGCCUGGAUAUCGCCUAAGCGGUGAGCGUGAAAACGAAAGGGAUCGACGUGUGAGGGUGUGAAAACUAAAGCUGCAGCUAUCAACGUUAUUGUUGUUCUAUCUGUCGCCGGUGCUGGUGUACGGGUUGGGUGUGUGCGAGCGCCGUCAUCAAUGGAACCAAUUGAUAACCCGUGCACGUGCUUAGCCAGCAUAAUGGAGGGCGAGAACGAGGUCUACGAUGACAUGAAUCUGUAUAUAACGCAGGAGAGCUUCAUUGUCGAGCCUAAUGGGCAGUCCGAGCUAUUGAUUAUUGGACGCCUAGACAAGGUGACGCGUGUGCAGCCCAAGACCACACAGUUAACCAAUCUGCGACCAACACGUCGCAUUUGCGGCGUGCUUGGCACCAUACGCCUGCUCAGCUGUGACUAUCUAUUGGUGGCCACCCAUCGACUUUUCGUGGGUGUGCUAAACGGGGCUGUAGUGUGGCGCUUAGCGGGCUACGAUAUCAUACCAUACAUUCCCAAUGCCAUACAGCGCUCGGAGAAUGAGUCGUACUUGUUAAUGCUGCGCAAGAUGCUGGACACCAAAUACUUUUACUUCUCGUAUCGCUACGAUCUUACACAAACCCUGCAGCGUCAGCGUAAUCUUGGAGCGUCGCUUCAGGGUAAGCUGGGCCUGCUACAGCGUGCAGAUCAGCGCUUCGUGUGGAAUGGAAAUGUGCUGCGACAAUUCAAGUGUGACAACAUGGAGCGCUUCCAGCUGCCACUGGUACUGGGCUUUGUAUCCGUCAACCAGGUGCAAAUCAACGGGCAGACCUUCUUCUGGAGUAUUGUAACGCGCAGAUCGGUGCAGAGAGCGGGCACUCGACUCUUCUGUCGCGGCUGCAACGAGCAGGGUCAUGUAGCCAAUUUCGUGGAAACGGAGCAAAUAGUCGAGUUCAAUGGACAGCACACCAGCUUUGUGCAGACACGUGGCAGCAUGCCCUUCUUCUGGCAGCAGCUGCCUAAUCUACGCUAUAAGCCCAGUCCACGCCUAAUACCCGGCAAGGAUCAUCUGGCCGCGCUUACCGCGCACUUUACUGAACAACUGAAACUCUAUGGCCAGCAGGUGGCUGUCAAUCUGGUGGAUCAGAAGGGCUCCGAGGGUCAACUGGAGUCCACGUUUGCGCGUUUAGUGCGUGAGCUGGGCAAUGCGGGCGUACGCUACGAGGCUUUUGACUUCCAUCACGAGUGCCGUAAAAUGCGCUGGGAUCGCCUCAACAUACUGAUUGAUCGUCUGGCUCAUGAGCAGGACGACUUUGGUUUCUAUCAUGCCUUUGACAAUGGCAAUCUGGUGUCCACGCAGACGGGUGUCUUUCGUACCAACUGCAUUGACUGUCUGGAUCGCACCAAUGUGGUUCAAAGCAUGCUAGCGCGACGCUCGCUAACCGCCGUGCUGCAAAAACUGGGCGUGCUCCAUGUGGGUCAACGUGUCGAGCAUGCCUCGUCCGAAUUUGAGCUGCUGUUCAAGGGUGUUUGGGCGGACAAUGCGGAUCUGGUGUCGCUGCAAUACUCCGGUACGGGAGCCCUUAAGACGGACUUUACGCGCACGGGCAAACGCACCAAGUCGGGCGCUCUGCAGGAUGGCAAACGUUCGCUGAUGCGCUACUUUUUAAACAACUUUUCGGACGGCAAUCGUCAAGAUUCGAUAGAUCUGUUUCUGGGCCACUAUGUCAUUAACGAAAACGAAGGCAACGUGUUGCCAUCGCCGCUGGUGGCGCCACACGGCUGGCGCUACUUUGCAUUCCCCUCGGUGCUGCUCAUAGCCGUGGCCAUGUUUGUCAUUACCAUCACAUAUCCGGCGGAGUUCAAUACGGAGAAUCUGCUAUUCAUGCUAUUCUGGGGCGCCAUGAUAGCAGUGAGCGCCACGGGUAUACUGCACUACGGCGUAGAGUUUGUGCAAUGGCCGCGGCUUUUUCCGCCCUUUUCGUUUCAAGCCGCCUGACGACGUUAGCGUGGUCUAGGCGGUAAGCAAUUCUGGAGUAGAACGGGUGGCCUCUCACUCUACCUCUGCUGUCAACACUUUCAACUCCAAAAUGUUAAGACAUUGAUCAAACAAUAUAAAUGCAUCUAAAUUUCCCGUAUAUUUCGUAUUAUGUGUUGGACACUUUUAACUUUUUGUGCUUUUAUGUUUUAGCGCCUAAAUAUAUUGGGUAUUCUUAUGCUAAGUGUAGGCAAAUAAGGCGAGCUUCUCUAGCUGCAGCAAACGCUUAAAAUUAAUUAAUAACAAAUAACUUGUAGCUCAAUCCCUGCUGUAGUUUAAAUUUCUAA